CUCUCUCCCGGCCGUAUUCCUCUCUGUUAUCAUACUCUCUCUCCAUCAUUUGUCAUAGAAUUGAAAUUUGCUUAAAAUCCAAUUAGCGUUAAUUAAAAACGCACAACGCGGAGAAGGUAGCAUGGACGCGGAGCACCUGAAACGGCUAGAGGGCAGGGAAGCUGACCACAUCCCAGGCAUACUAAAUGAAUUCAAUAAAAAGCACGCGGAUCUUCUGGUCUUUGACAGCUUCCACUCGGACAAUCAAUGGCACGAGCUUUGGCUGGCCAUCUUCGGCAUCUUGGACGACGCGCAGCUAGGCCACCUGCACACCCAGUGCCUCAAUACGGUGAGAAUUUUGACCCGCGACGAGUUCAGUCUGCAAACCAAUUACAUCGAACAUGAGGUCAGCCAACUGCUUAGGCUGGCCCGCGUCGAGGCCAGCGCCCUCAAGCUGCCAGCCACCCCCGACGAGCUCAAGCAGCAAGAGGAAGGUCAGCUGCAGGAGCAGCCCAGCUUGGUCCAGUCGGACAUUAUAGCCGAAGCCCUAAAAUGCUUGUGCAAUUUGGUCUACCAGAGUGCGGACUGCCGUAAGCAGUGCCUGCGCCAACACUGCCUGGACGCCAUCAUAAAGCGGGUGGCUUCCUCGAUGCGUCAUCCCUGUGCCCUCGAGUACUACGACAUGAAGCUACUGUUUCUGCUCACAGCUCUGGAGCCAGCGGCACGCACCCGUCUCCAAAUCGAUCUCAACGGCCUCACCUACAUGACCAAGUGGCUAGAUGACAAGCUGGCCGAGCCCAGCUGUAGCGAGGAGCAGCUCAACAUCAUCUGCGAGCUGCUCAAAGUGAUGUUCAAUGUGACCAGUGCCCCGGAUAAGAGUCCCAACGAGUACGAGAUCCAGAGCUUGCAUCUGACUGGAGUGCUGAGGGAGCUUCUGCUACGUUUUGGAAAAAUGGCGACCGACAAGGAGCGCUCGGUGGUCACGCAUGCCAUCAAUCUACUAACCAACAUCUCCAGCAGCUGUCUCAUCGAACUAACCCUCAAGUGCGGCAAUGCCGAGGAGCAGCCCAAGGCGGUGGAGGGGGAGGGUGCCGCAAAGGCGCCCAAAUGCUGUGCUCUUUGCUUCGAGAAGCGCAAUGUACGCUGUUUGACCGUGCUCCUUAACUAUCUGCGACAAGCCUUGGCCCAGCAAGAGGCCGAAGCCAGUUCCCAUGAGCUGCUCUCGCCGGUGCUAACCGUUCUAGUCAAGUGCUCCCGCAGCGAUCGCGUGAUGCGCCACUAUCUGAGGCAGGAGAUCUUACCGCCACUGCGCGAUGUUAGCCAGCGUCCGGAGAUUGGCCAGGAGCUGCGCAAUCACCUGUGCCGCUUCCUUACGCUGCCCGCUAUGAUUUUGCGUGACCUCGCCGCUGAGCUGCUCUUUGUCCUCUGCAAAGAGGACGUUGGUCGGAUGAUCAAGUACACGGGAUAUGGCAAUGCGGCCGGCCUGUUUGCCAAGCGUGGCAUCCUCGAUUGUCGCCGCGUGGAGGGCGCCGACUACUCUUCGGACAGCGAGGACAGCGACACCGAGGAGUACAAGAAGCAGCAGCAGGGUAUUAAUCCUGUUCUCGGCUGCGUAGAGCCCAGAGCCAGGCAUAACCCGCUGGACGACAUGACCGACGAGCAGAAGGAGAACGAAGCGCUCCAGCUGGUCAAUCUCAUCGAGCAGCUGCGCCAGGGGGGCAUCGUCAAGCCCGCUCUCAUCGACAAGGAUGGCAAGCCGCAGCCGCUGGAGCACAUCUUGCAGCUGCAGGAGGAACUGCCGCAGCAGCAGUUUGAGCAGAAGCGCAAAACCUAAGCAAAGCAGCAGCCCACAAUCGAUGAUACUACAUAUAUCCCAAAAAAUAUUCCAAUUACAAUUACAAUUGAGAUCGAUUUAACUACACCUGACUGCCUGUCGGUUAAUAAUUACUAAUUGCUAAUCGAUUAUAUUAUCGAUGCAUGGAAUAGCUCCCAAACAGACUUCAAAACUAUGAAUGAUAUUUGGAGCUACUUGGGACUGAUUCCACAGCACUUCCAUCGUUCGCUUGAAUCGAAAACAAAAUGCAUAACAAUCGUUGGGGUCUUCCAGCUUGUGUCCGGGGACGGGGCAGAUGGGGCCUCGCAGGAAAGUGGCAGAUCAGCAAACAAAAAAAAAAACAAAACAAAACAAGAAACCAAAAACUGCAAUCUUUUAUAUACAUACAUACAUACAUACAACUGAUCCACAAAUCGAAAUAUAGACAAAUUUGACUAGUCCUUGUAAUAGCUAUGUAAGUGCAUGUAUUUAUAUAAAUUCUAAUUAUACAUUUACGAUCUAAGUACAUACAGUUCGUCUGAAAUAGGCCGAUCCGAUCCGAUCCGCCUAACUGGCCGGGCCGACCUCUUGCGAAGCUGCAGCCUACAUUUCGCUUUGAAUUUACAUACAUUGAACACACAUGGAGUAGCAUUUCGAAGAACUUCUGCUUAAUAUGCUGCAUCAGAUCUACUUCGCACCAGCUCUUUUAUUAUACAUGUUUUGUGUACUGUACGUAACUAUAACACUAGAAAUGAACUAAAAUAACUAUUAAGUCGCGAGUGAGGUAAACAUAAAACAGGAAAUCUAGACUCGGUACCGAUAUCAAAUGAUUCUAUAUUUGUUUCGCGUAUUGCUCUCUUCAUUGUCGUUAAGGCUCUUCCGAAAGUUGUAAAAGAAUGAUUCCAACCAAUAUCCAAAUCAAUUUUCUUGAAAAUUUUCUGCUAAAAGUUUUUUGCCACCCUUUGAAAUCAACGCUUCCACAAGCAUGCUGGGCCCAGGAAUGGCAAGAGUUAUCCCAAUCCCAUAUAGCCCUGUUUCAAUGCAAAAUUUCAAUAUUCUAAUUUUUCCACGGCCGGAUAUGUUUCGGAUAAAAUGAUGAACUGCAGCUAAACCUUUCUGCAUUAUGUAUACAUUUUUUAAAUAUCUUUGAGAAAGGCACUACGAAAAGAUUCUAGCAAAGAUAUCACAAUCCAAACUAUUUGGCAGUCACAGUCGCGUGUCGUAGACGUAGUCUCUUUGAACUCGCAUAUAAAACAAUCCUAUAUAGAGCUUUAUUGAGUUCAAUUUGCUAUAGCAAUAGAAGGUAACAAUAAACACUAUACAAACAUACGGACAGAUGCCAUUUGGCAUAUGUCUUUCUGCUGCUGAUGUGGGGGGAGAACCUCUUUAUGAUCAAUCGGUGAAAGUCUUGCACAAGCAACAAGAAAAUUUUGUUAAAUUAUUGUCGUCGAUCGAAAAAUUUGCAUUUAUGAAUAGA